AUGAACGUUGUGAUCUACAUUUUACUAUUAUCGAUUGGUUCAGGUGUUGUUGCACAAAAAUGCAACACAGGAGGAGUUUAUAGUGCGCAGUUUGGGAGAUGCUACCAAUACUUCACGGCGCCGGCGCAAUUCGAGUUUGCCGAAGAGCAAUGUAACCUGCUCGGCGGUCACCUCGCCUCCGUUCAAAAUGGACAAGAAAACGCUCUCAUCCAAUCAAAUGCGGCGAAUUCAUUCAAAAAAUCCAAUUACUCUGAUUACUGGAUUGGCGCCAACGACUUGGAGACGUCUGGCACCUGGAAAUGGACGGAUCCCGCGGUGACGUGGAACUAUCAGAACUGGCAGCUCGGCGAGCCCCAAUCGGGCUCCGAUUGUGCAAUUCAAGACAAGGGAGACGGCAAGUGGUCGGCCAUCGGAUGCACUUCGUACCGCCCAUAUGUUUGUGUCACACCGGUUAUUGUGACGGCGACAUGUCCACCAAUUACUACACCGGCACCCACAACCUGCCCUACCCUUACUCCAUGCCCCGUCACAGCCUGUGUCUCAUCCUGCGACCAGGGAUGGACCUACUUCGCGCCAACCGACUUCUGCUAUAAAGUCUACCACGGUGCGAAGUUUAAUGACGCCGAGUCGGCUUGCGUUCUCCUUGGAGCGCACUUGACAUCGAUUCACUCGUUGACAGAGAACACUUUUGUGAAUAACAUCGCGUCGUGUGGUAUCAAGGAGUCGAAAUACGAGAAUUUGGCAUGGAUCGGUAUGCAUCAGGAAAACGGAAAAGAUUGGGUAUGGACGGACGGUACCCCCGACGGACUAUAUCAAUUGGGCACCCAAGCAACCGGAUAA